AUGAGGAGUUACUUGUUGCUGUUGUUGCCUGCGGCGGUGAUUGCUGGCUCGGUUGUCGGACCGAUUACUGAUGAUUUUAAAAGCUGGUUGAAUAGCAAUAACUACGUUGCCGAUGAUUUCCAACGAGAAGACCACGGCACUCAAGGAAGUUAUGGUGGCAAAAGCUCAGCGAAUCCAAAGAGCACAAAAACUCCAGUUAUCUUCAUCCACGGCAACUCUGAUUCAGCACUUUCAUCUAGCAUGACAGCAACUGGAUGGGACAACACGAUCACUUACUUCCUGUCAAAAGGCUACACCACGGCCGAUCUGUAUGCAACCUCUUGGGGUGACACAAAUGCCCUGAAUGCUGAGACAAGGACUCACAACUGCAAGGAUGUCCUCCGAUUGCGACGAUUUGUUGAGGCUGUAUUAAAAUAUACGGGCCAAAAGAAGGUUUCCUUGAUUACACACUCGAUGGGGGUGACGCUCGGCCGGAAAUUGAUCAAGGGAGGGCCAAUCAAUGCUGUUGACGGAAAUUGCGAUGUCGGCGCCUCGAUGCAAAAAAGCGUGGAUGUGUUCCUCGGAUUGUCCGGUGGAAAUUACGGCCUAUGUACCUGCGAGGCGAGCGGAUCUCUGGCCCCUACCUGCCGACAUGAUAAUGGCCUCUGGGCUGGAGACUCGUGCGGUCUGAAUUACUACGAUUGUGGAUUGAGCCCGUUGCCGUGGCCAUGCUCAGGACCUACAUAUUCGAAGUUCCUCACUGACCUUAACCAAGAUCCGGGUCGCGAGGCCGCGUACGUCUUCAGCGCCUGGAGCCAGGCUGAUGACCUUAUCCUAUUCGGCGACAUGGUCUGGGGACGACCCACCAGCUUGAUCCCGAGUUCAACCGGUUACAAGAUUUAUUCCACAUACGGUCACAUGGCCACCAAAGAACUAACCGCCAACGAUCAAUACGAUAUGGUCGUCAACAAAAAGGUGCCGAACACCACCGAUCAUCCCACGCAAAAAAUUGGA